GUUGACGGUGUGUGUUGUAAUUGUGUCCAUGAACCACUGGGCGAGACUCUCUCUCUGUGAGUGAGUGAGUGUGUGUGUGAAUAGGAGGGAAUAAGCUGGAUUCAGGAGAAGGUCCGCCAUUAUCGGGAAGCUGAAAAAAAGAGACUCAUACACACUGUCACACAUUAAGGCUGUAACGUAAGAAAGGAAAACAACGGUUGGUUUCCGCCGAGCUGUUGUUCGUUUAAAGAACCCAGUGGUUGUGUUCGGUUUUCUUUUUCUUUUCAGCUGGACGAAAGCAGGGUGACUGCGAUCGUGUUUCCAUCCGGACGCUUUUAUUUUUGACAUAACAAAGGAAAUAAUAAUUGCUCAAAACAACGUGGUGGCGAAGAAAGAAGGAAAAACACUGGGGAACACCGCUUUCCAGCGUCUCUGCCCUUCUUCUUCUUCUACGCCUUUUCUGCUCCUUUUGGCUCAGCCUUGUUGAAAAGACUAGAGUUUGAAGAGGUUUUUUUUUUCUUAACGAGAAAUUUACUUCUUUUCUCUGAGAGAAAGACUGAGACACACAUCCAUGUGAAAACUUCAAACUGGAGAAAUUAAGUUCGAGCCGAAGAGGAAGAUGACAGAGUGAAUAGUAAUAAAACCGAGCGGGCUCAUCGGUGUGAGAGGUGUUAGGGAGUGUUUUUCUCUGCUUUUUAAAAAGUCUUUUCACCGGCUGUGAGUCGCAGAGAGAGAAAGAGGAAGACAAGGAGUGGACGAGUGCUGGACACAGAGGAAUGCUAUGGCAAACAAUGGGGCUCUGACACUGCAUACAGACAUCGAUACACUGGAUCUGUCUCCAGCCCACUGAGCUCUUCUUGCAUGGAAACCCUUCUUCUUUGGCAGCCUCCUCCUCCCCUUAGAGAUAGCGGCCGACAUGGCAGGAUGAGCCUCUGCCAGCGAUGAUGAUGGCCAAAAAGCAAGAUGUCCGGACUCCCACCUACAACCUGGUUGUGGUUGGGCUGUCCGGCACGGAGAAGGAGAAAGGCCAAUGUGGAGUGGGCAAGUCAUGCCUGUGUAACCGCUUUGUUCGACCAAGUGCGGAUGACUUCCACCUGGACCAUACCUCGGUUCUCAGCACAAGUGACUUUGGGGGACGUGUGGUGAACAAUGACCACUUCCUCUUCUGGGGAGAGGCAGGUCGGACAAUGGAGGAGGGGCCAGAAUGCCGUAUAAAUGUGGUAGAGCAGACAGAGUUUAUAGAUGAUCAGACCUUCCAGCCCCACAGGAGCACUGCCCUUCAGCCUUACAUUAAGAGGGCUGCUUCCUUAAAGCUGGCUUCAGCUGAGAAGCUGAUGUACUUUUGCACUGAUCAGCUUGGGCUAGAGCAGGACUUCGAGCAAAAACAGAUGCCCGAAGGCAAGUUACUGGCGGAUGGCUUCCUACUCUGCGUGGACGUUAGCCGGGGUAUGAACCGUAGUUUUGAGGACCAGAUGAAGUUUGUGACAAACCUGUACAACCAGCUUGCUAAAACCAAGAAACCUUUGGUAGUUGUUCUUACCAAAUGUGAUGAAGGAGUGGAGCGCUAUAUCAAAGACUCACACACAUUUGCGCUAGCCAAGAAAAAUCUGCAAGUGGUAGAAACCUCAGCACGUUCAAACGUCAACGUAGACCUAGCUUUUCUCACACUGGUUCAGCUGAUCGACAAGAGUAGGGGAAAACCUAAAAUUAUUCCUUACUUUGAAGCUCUGAAACAACAGAGUCAACAAAUUGCCUCAGCCAAAGACCGCUACGAGUGGCUGGUCAACAGGAUAGUGAAAAACCAUAAUGAGUCAUGGCUUGUUGUAAGCCACCGCAUGCAGUCUGUCCCUGAAUACAAGGAGUACGUAUUCCUUGAGGGUACACCUAAAGCCAAGAAGCUUUUCCAACAGCACGUGCACAGGCUUAAACAAGACCAUAUAGAGAAACGCCGAAAGGCCUAUCUAGCUACUCUACCACAGGCUCUGUCCAUACUGAUACCAGAGUUGGAUGAAAUAGACCACCUCAGCUGGUCUGGAGUUCAGAAGGUCCUGGAGACAAAGAGAGAUUUCUCCCAGUGGUUUGUAGUGUUAGAUGACACACCCUGGGAGACCACACCUCAUAUUGAUAACUUGGAGGAUGAUCGAAUCCCCCAGGACCUUUUGGAAACCCCUACAGCUGAAAAUAUCUAUGAGAUGCACCUUGAACACCUAAGGAAUGAGCGCAAACGGGCUGAGAUGAGAUGGGAAUUUAAGGAGAAGCUGAGUGUCUCUCCUUUCAUUACACCAGGGAAACCCUGGGAAGAAGCCAGGAGUUUCAUCAUGAAUGAAGACUUCUACCAGUGGCUGGAUGAGGUGGAGUAUCUGGAUAUAUACAACAAACACCAGAAGGAAAUCAUUGACAGAGCCAAAGAGGACUUUCAGGAACUUCUUCUUGAAUACUCUGAGCUCUUUUAUGAGCUGGAAGUGGAUGCUAAGCCGAGUAAGGAGAAAAUGGGAGCCAUCCAGGAGCUGUUGGGUGAAGAACAGAGGUUUAAAGCUCUGCAGAAGCUGCAGGCAGAAAGGGACGCUCUGGUAUUAAAACACAUUCACUUCGUCUAUCACCCCACAAAGGACACAUGCCCUAACAGCCCUCACUGUGUGGACAGUAAACUAGAACAAAUAUUAGCAUCUAGAUUCCCAACUCGCUACCCAUCAUCAGACUUGACAAGGCUGGAUGGGGGGAGGGCUGAACGAAUAAACCUUGUCAUACUAGGAAAAGAUGGCCUAGCCAGAGAAAUGGCAAAUGAGAUCAGAGCCUUAUGCACCAGUGAUGACCGGUACGUGUUAGACGGCAAACUGUACGAGUUAACCCUGCGUCCUAUUGAGGGAAAUGUACGUCUGCCAGUGAAUUCGUUUCACACACCAACAUUUACACCUCAUGGCUGCCUGUGUUUGUACAAUUCUAAGGAAUCACUGUCCUAUGUUGUUGAGAGUAUAGAAAAGCUAAGGGAGUCAACAAUAAGCAGGAGGGAAAGGGAAAACAGCCUUGCCCAACUCCCACUAUCCCUGCUUCUGGUCACCAAGAGGGGUGUGGGAUCAAUAGGGGACAUAGGGGGUGAAACGGCUCAGACUCUCAUUCAACAUGGGCAGCAAGUGGCUGGAAAGCUGCAGAGUGCGUACCUAGAGCCCGCUUCUCCAGGUAUGGGAUAUACACGCAAUGUCAGUGAAAAGCAGAUCAACCAGCUGCUCAAAGGCGUCUUAGAAACAAGGAGGAGCAUAGGGAGCAGCUCACCUCCCUUACCUCCGUCAACAUCCCUAAGAGACACUCAAUCCCAGUCAGGCCUAGAGACCAACCUGAAGAUAGUCAUAUGCAUGAUGUGUGGAGACACGUAUGACCUAGACCAACUUCUUGCUCCAUUUUUGUUACCCCAGCAUUGUCGCCCUGUUUCCUCUCUCAGCAGUGGCACCUCUGUUCUGCUGGAUCUCAGUAUUGGAGGUCAGAGGCAGAGUAUUGAGCUGUCACUACUCUCUUUCCAUUCCACAUUCUCUCUACGAAAAACCGGGCUGGUCCAUGGAUACAUUGCUGUUUAUUCUGCUCGCCGUAAGGCUUCUCUGGAAACUUUGUGUGCUUUCCUGUGUGAAGUUCAAGACAUCAUCCCGAUUCAGUUGCUCGCUGUAGGGGAGAGUCAGAUGGAACUGUCAGACUCAGAUUCUGCUAAGGAGCAAGUGAAUCAGGGAGAAGAACUGGCCCAUGAAAUAGAUGCUAGGUUUAACACAGUGAUUUGUGGACAUGGCGGGGUCGUAGGGGGGCUUCACAAGAUCGAUCUUUUUCAGCCGUUCCUUAAGGAUGUGGUGGAGAAACGCACUAUUGUUGAAGCCACACACAUGUAUGACCACGUGGCUGAGGCGUGUACUAACGAGAGCAUUAGCCCUCGCUGUGGUUCUCCCAGUCCGGUCAACAUACUUAUGGACUCAGAGGAUGAUAUUGAUCCAUCACCACCAUACCCAACCUUGAGGGAGGACGGAAAUCUAAGCUCCCACCUGUUGAGCUUUAAGACGUCGGAUCUGGAUACAGGCGAUACCUUCUCUGUCAUUUCUGAACUAAGCACCUUUGAAAAGCUCAACAACAAGAUUCCUCCUCAGGUUAAACCCAAGCCUGUGCGUAAGGUACAUCUCGGUUCAUUCAUUGACCAGCAAGGCGGCACCAAUCGCCGUUCCCUGCCCCAAAAUGUCACCUGGGCUUCAGGCAGUGACGGUGGCUAUGACCCCUCAGACUAUGCAGAGCCCAUGGAUGCUGUGAAACCACGAUUCACAGAAGAAGAAAACAUUUACUCGGUCCCUCACGACAGCACACAGGGCAAGAUCAUCACCAUCCGCAAUGCUAACAAAGGUCAGGCAAACGGUAGCGCUGGGGGGAACGGGUCAGACAGUGAAGCAGAUAGCAGCUCACUUGAGCGCAGGAGAAAGUUGUCUGCGUACGGGAUAAAGCCUAAGCUUUACCGGGACAGAUCCAAGAGGCUCGGCAAGUUCAGCAGUUUUAGAACGAGCUUUUCUAUAGGAAGUGAUGAUGAGAUGGGAGGUCCACCCAAGGCCAGCCAGGAAGAUGGAGGAGCCCAAAAGGACAACUCCAUAGAGGAGAACGAAGACCCCAAAAGGAGAAAUAUCCUCAAGAGUCUGCGCAGAAAUACAAAGAAACCUCGAGCCAAACCACGCCACUCCAUCUCCAAACCCCUUGAAAGCAACUACUUCGGCAUGCCGCUGUCCACCGUGGUCUCAGCGGAGAGGCCGAUCCCGGUCUUCAUCGAGAAGUGCAUCCGCUUCAUUGAAGUGACAGGUCUGAGCACAGAGGGCAUCUACAGAGUCAGUGGCAACAAAGCAGAGAUGGAGAGCAUGCAGCGGCAGUUUGACCAAGAUCACAACCUGGACCUGGUGGAGAAAGACUUCACCAUCAACACAGUGGCCGGAGCCAUGAAGGCCUUCUUCUCUGAGCUGCCUGAACCUCUGGUGCCCUACAACAUGCAGGGGGAGCUGGUGGACGCCUACAAGAUCAACGAGAGAGAGCAGCGCUUUCAGACGAUGAAGGACAUUCUGCGCCGCUUCCCCAAGGAGAAUUACGAGGUCUUCAAAUAUGUCACCAGCCACUUGAACAAGGUGAGUCAGAACAACAAGUUGAACCUGAUGACCAGUGAGAACCUGUCCAUCUGUUUCUGGCCCACGCUGAUGAGACCAGAUUUCACCACCAUGGACGCCCUGACAGCCACUCGCACCUAUCAGACAAUCAUCGAGAGCUUCAUCGACCAGUGCUCCUACUUCUUCUACAAUCAGCCGUUGGCCGAGGGCCUGCCCGGCUCCCCCACUUCCACGCUCUCCUCUGGAGUAGGAAUGUCUGCCUACUCCUGUAUGGCACAAGGCUACUCUUCCUCGCCGACUCCGUCCCCGGCCCCCUACGUCCUCCCGGCCACCCCUCCUGUCAUACCACACUACGCCUCUCAGAUCCACCAUCAUCACCACCACCACCACCAACAACAUCACCACCAACAUCACCAUCAACAUCAGUCCCCGCCCCACUCCCCACCUCCGACCCCCCAGUCCCCUAUCCCAGCACUGCUGCCACCAUCACUGCAUCCUCAUCAUCCACCUACAGAACAACACAUGCUGUGAAUC